AUGGGAACCAUCAAUGUGACUCAGGUGCAGGGAAACUCAGGUGUCACCAAUAGUGCCACUUAUAAAGUCUGAAAGAACAAGCAUAAAGCCUUUGAGAUUUUCAAUGGAUCUCCAAAGGCCAAAAUCCACUCCAGAAACAGUGAGCUCCUGCUGGAGGAAGAGGUGACUGUGUGCACCACCCCAUCCAGUGACCAGGCUUCCGUGAACACAGACAAGCAUUCUGACAGCAAAUCUCCAAAAGCUGCAUCCAGCAGGGUCAGCAAAACUAAGAGCCAUGCACAGAAAGAGACCAAAAGGAUCAGGGAGAACCACCCCAAGAAAUGUGAUGAAACCAAGCAGCCAGGGAACAAAAUCAAAAAAGAAGAAAAGACAAGCAUUCCCAAGACCAAGCACAAGAGAAGUCACCCUGAGCUUAGCCAAGAGACCUUCAAAAGGCCUCGAACCAACCUAGGCAUGCAGAUGUGGGAGUCAGUGCAGGUUUUCCAUGCCCUAGGGAAGAAAAAUGAGAAGAAAAAGGAGCUGCCUUCCCCCAAGGCCUUGAGAAAUGCCAGCAGCACACAAGAAACCAAGUUUUCCCCAGCUAUGAAAUUAUGUGUGGGUAUUCCAUAUGAAAGCAAAAGUUCUAAAAUUAUUCAAGUCAGGAAAAGGGAUAGAGUAAAAACCAGUGUCAAUCACCAUCCCAGGAAGAGCCACCUCCACCUGGGAAGGUCAAGUUGGUCCCUCCCACCGUACCUUACCCUGCAUGACCUCGUUCUAACACAACUCAACCUGCUGCAGUCAGCCUAUCUCAACCAGCUACUACCAACACAUUUCAUGAGUUCUACUAAAACAUUGCAGUCAAUAUGA